AUGGAGUUUGUGCGUCGCGCGCUGUGGCUGGGCCUGGCGCUGGCUCUGUGGCCCUGCCCUGCCCGCAGCCACCCGCAGCCGUGUGGCGAGCUGGCGCGCUUGGGGGGCUCGCUGCGCCUGGGAGCCUUCCUUCCCCGCGCGCCCGCCGCCCGCGCCCGCGCCCGCGCAGCCCUAGCCGGGGUGGCUCGGAUGCCGCCGUGGCUGCCGCACAACCUGAGCCUGGAGUUGGUGGCCGCCGCGCCCCCAGCCCGCGACCCCGCGUCGCUAGCCCGAGGCCUGUGCCGGGCACUGGCCGCGCCGGGCGUGGCUGCGCUCCUAGCUUUUCCAGAGGCGCGGCCCGAGUUCCUGCAGCUGCACUUCCUGGCCACCGCCACCGAGACCCCGGUGCUCAGCCUGGUGCGACGGGAAGCGCGCGCGCCCCUCGGGGCUCCGAGUCCCUUCCACCUGCAGCUGGACUGGGCUAGCCCCUUGGAGACCCUGGUAGAUGUGCUGGUAGACUUGCUUCAGGCGCACGCGUGGGAGGACGUCGGUCUGGUGCUCUGCCGCGUCCGGGACCCUGGUGGCCUGGUGGCCCUCUGGACACGCCGGGCUGGCCGAGCCCCACAGCUCGUGCUGGAUCUGAGUCGGCCGGACACUGGUGACGCAGGGCUGCACGUGCGCCUGGCUCCGCUAGGGGCGCUGUCAGGGGCCGAGGCCCCGGUGCGCGCGGCGGUUCUCCUGGGCUGCGACGCAGCCCACGCCCAGCAAGUGCUGGCGGCCGUACCCUCCGGGCCUCGAUGGCUUUUGGGCACGCCGCUGCCCGCCGAAGCGCUGCCUACCCAGGACCUGCCGCCCGGGUUACUGGCGUUGGGUGAGGUGGACCGGCCCCCACUGGAGGCCGCCAUCCAGGACGCAGUGGAGUUGGUGGCGAGGGCGCUGGGCAACGUGGCCCUCGUACAGCCAGAGCGCGCCCUCCUCCCCACCGUGGUCAACUGCACCGAGCUGCGACCAGCCGGGCCUGAGUCCUCUGGCCGUUUCCUGGCUCGGUUCCUGGCCAACACGUCUUUCCAGGGCCUCACGGGGCCAGUGUGGGUGACAAGCGCAUCCCAGGUACACAUCUCCCGCAGCUUCAAAGUGUGGAGCCUCCGCCAAGACCCGUUGGGCGCCCCUGCGUGGGCCACACUGGGCAGGUGGCACGACGGGCGGCUGGAGCUGGAACCGGGGGGCGCAUCCCUGAGGCCCCUCCAACCACCCGGCGCGCAGACCCGGCAGAAGCUGCGUGUAGUGACGUUGGUGGAACACCCGUUUGUGUUUGCCCGCGAGGUGGACGAGGACGGUCAGUGCCCAGCGGGCCAGCUGUGCCUGGAGCCUGGCACCAACGAUUCGGCCGCACUGGACGCGCUGUUCGCCGCGCUGGCCAACGGCUCGGUGCCCCGCGCCCUGCGCAAGUGCUGCUACGGCUACUGCAUCGACCUGCUGGAGCGGCUGGCGGAGGACGCCCCCUUUGACUUCGAGCUGUACAUAGUGGGCGACGGCAAAUACGGGGCCCUACGUGACGGCCGCUGGACAGGCCUGGUGGGCGACCUGCUGGCCGGCACAGCUCACAUGGCAGUCACCAGUUUCAGCAUCAACUCGGCCCGCUCCCGCGUGGUGGACUUCACCAGCCCCUUCUUCUCCACCAGCUUGGGCAUCCUGGUGCGCACGCGCGACACUGCCUCGCCCAUUGGUGCCUUCAUGUGGCCGCUGCACUGGUCCAUGUGGAUGGGCGUGUUCGCGGCGCUGCACCUCACCGCACUCUUCCUUACGUUGUACGAGUGGCGCAGCCCCUACGGCCUCACACCCCGUGGCCGGAACCGUGGUACCGUCUUCUCCUACUCCUCAGCCCUCAAUCUCUGCUACGCCAUUCUCUUCGGGCGGACCGUGUCCAGCAAGACCCCCAAGUGCCCCACUGGGCGUUUCCUCAUGAACCUGUGGGCCAUCUUCUGCCUUUUAGUACUGUCCAGCUACACUGCCAACCUGGCCGCCGUCAUGGUUGGGGACAAGACCUUCGAGGAGCUGUCGGGGAUCCAUGAUCCCAAGCUGCACCGCCCGCCGCCAGGCUUCCACGUGGGGACCGUGCGGGAGAGCAGCGCCGAAGCCUAUAUCAAGAAGAGCUUUCCUGAAAUGCACGCUCACAUGCGCCGCCACGGAGCGCCCACCACGCCAGACGGGGUCGCCAUGCUCACGAGCGACCCCCCCACGCUUAACGCCUUCAUCAUGGAUAAGUCCCUUCUAGACUAUGAGGUCUCUAUCGAUGCGGACUGCAAACUGCUGACCGUGGGCAAGCCGUUUGCCAUUGAGGGCUAUGGCAUCGGGCUGCCCCAGAAUUCGCCGCUCACCUCCAACUUGUCAGAGUUCAUCAGUCGCUACAAGUCCUCGGGCUUCAUCGACCUACUGCAUGACAAAUGGUACAAGAUGGUCCCUUGCGGAAAGCGGGUCUUCGCAGUCACAGAGACCCUCCAGAUGGGCAUCUACCACUUCUCAGGCCUGUUCGUGCUCCUGUGCCUGGGCCUAGGCAGCGCCCUGCUCACCUUGGUGGGUGAGCACAUCUUCUACCGCCUGGUGCUACCGCACAUCCGGAGGGCUAACAAGCUGCGCUACUGGCUGCACACAAGCCAGAAAAUCCACCGUGCCCUCAACCCCGAGCCCCCGGAAGGGCAGAGGGAGGAGAAAUCGGAGCCAGAGUCCAGACCCACGGAGCCCCAGGAGCAGGCAGCCUCAGCGGUGGGCCCAGGUGGUUGGAGGCGGGUGCGUCGUGCUGUGAGGACUGAGCACCGCCGCGUACGCUUCCUGGAGCCCGUGGCCGCAGACACUGGACAGUCUGAGGGCCCAGUGUGGCUUUGCUCAAAUGGCGGCGCACCAGGCCUGCCACUUGCUGGUGCCCAAGGCCCCGGUGAGCUGGUAGCCCUGGAGGAGCACAUAGCGAGCAUGCGCGAACGGCUGCGCCAGGCACUGGUGCGGCGUGGAGAGUUGCUGGCAGAGCUGGGCGACAGAGAACGGCAACUACACCUUAGGCAGGGCCGUACCACCCCCACGGCUGCCCCAUGA